UCAUAGUCGAUGAUAUCAGUGGCAUGGAACGGAUCGAACGGAUGUGUUUGGAAUCUUCUCCUUGGUUGUCGUGUUUGGCUGUUCGUGAAAAUUUUUUACAAUCUGAUAUCCCGUAUAUCCCGAUUUUGAUCGAGGAUAUUCCUCGAUACGCGUCUUUACCUGAUUAUAGAGAGAAUUGUAUACAGACCAUACAAACAAUUGGUGAGAUUGUACCCAUCACAGCGCGAGUUGCGCAUUUACGAAGUAUUUCGUCAGAUCGCGAGACAAGAAUUACUCUUAGUCUAGAGGAACUUCCUGUGCAUGCUCUUUAUUUCAAGGAUAGCAAGGGAAGGCACCUAUUUAUAUGGGAAAAAUUUAAUAUUUUUAAAAUUUUUGGAAUGUUGAAACAGAAGAAUAAUAAAGUUAUACUAAUAGCUCAUAAACUGAUAAAAGUCCAAGACAUACGUAGCAGUUUAAAUACAUUAUCAUUAUUGUCUUCUGCAGUUCGCCCCAUGCAUUACCAGUAUAAGGAGUUGAAAUAAAGCGCAAAGACAGAGUAUUUAAAUGAAUCUUCCAUUUUUCUGCACAUACAUUUCAACGCUGGAUGUUAAAAGCUAGUGUUA